AUGGAGCCUCAGCUGGCUGAAGCUGCUGGCACAGCCCAGCUCCCGGCUGUGCUGGCCCGGGGCCGGCGGCCUCAACACCCACCCACCCUGCACAUGGUGAUUGAGGCACUGCGGGCACAGGACCAGAAGAAGGGUGCCUCUGUCAUCGCCAUCAAACGGUUCAUCCUGGCCAAGUACCCUGCCGUGGACCCUGUCCGCCUCAAGUACCUGCUGAAGCAGGCGCUGAGCAAGGGGCUGAGCCGUGGGGAGCUGGUGCGGCCCCACAACUCCACUGCCAUGGGGGCCACUGGCCGCUUCAAGUUAGCCCCUGAGAAGCUGCGGCACAAGCAGCCGCUGGGCCAGACAGAUCCUGAUGGAGGACAGGCCACGAAGCCAGGACGGAAAGGGACCACCAAGCAGCCCAUGCUCUCUCCCCUCCAGGCCCGGCCACCAGCAGCAGCAAAGCCCAGGAGCAAUGGAACCAAGCCCCUGCAGGCAGCCAGCCGCCCCCGGGCCCCCGGCAAAGGGCGUGCAGGGCCCCUCGUGGUGUCGGCUCCUGAGGAUGCAGGAGGGGGUGAUGGUGAUGGCCCCAUUGGUGCUGGGGCAAAGGGACCCCGAAAGGCCCCUGUGGGAAUGAGCAAGGGGAAGGCAACCAGGGGGGCACAGCAAGAUGCCCCCAAAGCAAAGGGGGGUCAAGGCAAAGCCAGGAAGCCCCGGGCAGCCCCAGGAGCCCAGGGGGAGCCCAGGAU